UGAAAGCCUUCGCAAAUAUAUUAAAAUACCCACUACUGGUAGAACAGCCAGCAUAACCAGUGUGUGCUGUGGAAAGGGAACAGACCAGCAUAAAAUACAAACUUGCCAGACCCCAUCAACCAUAUGUCCCUGGAAACACAACCAGUGCUUCCACCAUGCUGGCAAUGCCACACAAACAUGGACAGAAGUCACAGUUCUGGUCUUGAAAAGAGGCCCAUAGGGCAUUCAGUCAGGUCUGGGACAAAAUGCAGCAAAAUGCUUGUUAACCUUGCUAUCAAGCACAGAGGAAGCAGGGACCAAUGGUUCAUUGAAAGCAUUCUACACGAUGGCAUUAUGUCUGAACUUUCUCUAAAAACCAUUAUUUAAUUUUUUAUGGAACAUUGAGAAACUUCUAUGUAAUUUUAGUUUUUUACUUUUUCCGUGUACAAAGUUUAGCUUUAUAAAUUUUUCAACUAGCAAUUUUGAAAUGAAUAGUUCAAUUCAGCAAGACAAGUUCAGUUUGUGCUUCAGCUACAAAAAACAGAAACCUAAUAGGAUGGUAAGAACAGAAUAUUAAAAUGUUACUUUAUUUUGGACUCUGGCUCCCAGAAUCCCAUUGCCAGCUAUGGCUAGCUGGCAGAUCUUGGGUAUUAGAGUCCAAAAAAGUAAAGUUUCCAAGCUUUGGCAAAGAGGUCCAUGAGAAUAUCUCUGAUCAGUCUUAGCUCGGCAAUUUGGCAAAUUCAGCUGAUGUUAAAACAUGCUUGAUUAAGAUAACUACCUUGUUUGGAACUAUGGGCUAUAUUAACCACAGUGGAACUACUUGGUGAUGUGAAGUGAGUUACAAUUCAUGAAGUGAAUCUAAAUUUGUUCUGUUUAUACAGAGGUAUUGCUACAAUCUAGUUUCAGAACACUUUGCACACUCUGCUCUCAUUUUUAUUCAUCAUUUAUGUAACACUCUUAUGAACCAAUUCAAAAAUUCAUCUGGCCAAGGACCCAGAAUUCAUGGUGGGGGGAAGAACAUAGGGGCAGCUGCCCAUCAAGAGGAGGAAGAGGCAUGAUGUGAUUCCACCCAUUAUUUCAUGCAUUAAGAGGGAUGGACACACAGAGACACUCAAAAUAUUUCAUAUGGACAACCCUGUGAACCAGCUCUUUAGUGAAAUGAAAAAAACAGAUGUAUAGACAUAGGGAAGGUAUGUCUUAUGGUCCUAAUAGCUGAGUUCCACAGCAUUACAUAUUGUGACCCUUCUUAGCCACCAUGAGCUUCAGGAUGUCGUGGUUUUAUUUGUGGGCAAAAAUGGAAACCAAAGAUCUUUUAUGGAAGGGGUGAGCAACUUAUGUUUACACACACACAAACACAUGUUCAUUAAUAUAUAUUUGCAACGAGAAAAUCAAAUGCUCUACUGUAACCACCUCCACCAAAAAGGCAUGUAGUCCUCAGCCACACCCAACAAUCUUGAUAGUUACCGUACAUUCUUAUAGGAUGUCCAAAAUUAGGUUGAGCUCAGGCAUCAUAGUUGUUGUUUGCUGACAAAGACCUCUUGGUUCUUCAUAAAAACAGGAGGAAGUCACCACAGGCUUUAAAAAGAACAACAAGAAAACCACUCCUUAGACAACACCCAGCUUGGUACUGAUCAAGGUGUUUUGGCAAGCUCUUGCAGCAGUAGCGCUGUAGACUCUAUAGCAGAUUUGUAGUGAGAGAUGGAAAGUGUUCAGCUGGCAGUUGGAUCAGCAAUGAACGGAAACUGGAGCAGCAGUUUUGAAACGUACAGCAUGGACUAUUAUGGGUCAGGUUCUAUGAAUGAUGAUACCUGCCUCCUGGAAGAGCUGCCAUUUGCCUAUAUCUUUAUCCCUUCCCUCUACUUCACUAUUUUCCUCAUUGGUUUCUUGGGGAAUCUUUUUGUAAUCCUGCUGAUGGCACAAAAAAGGGGCAGCACAAGGCUUUUGGACACUUUUGUCCUCAAUCUGGCCAUAGCUGACCUGGUUUUUGUAUGUACUUUGCCUUUCUGGGCUGUGUCUGAGGCUCUCAGUUACUGGUGUUUUGGUGAAGUGCUGUGCAAGCUCAGUAGCUAUGCCAUCUCCGUCAACCGUUGCUCCAGUAUCUUAUUCCUGGUUGGCAUGAGUGUGGAACGCUUCCUUGUGAUGGUCAAGCACUGGGAUUCAAGGUCCAUCGGAACCAAGAAGAACAUAGCUAUGAGCUGUGGAUGCAUCUGGGUAAUCUCCCUUUUACUGGGAAUACCACCUCUGACCUACAGAAAGGUGAUUCUUGCAGAAGACAACAAGUCUUUGUGCCUGGAUGAGAAGCCUUCUGUCAUCUUCAUUUUGGUUAUGUUUUUCUUGACCUUCCUGCUACCCCUGGGAGUCAUCUUGUUCUGCUACUGCUCCAUCUUCUCCAAGCUUCGGAGCCAUAUCAGCUUAGGCAGGAGGAGAAACAAUGCCGUUAAAAUCAUAUUUGCUACCAUUGCAGCAUUUGUCUGUUCUUGGUUGCCCUACAACACCUUCAAGAUAUUCGUCAACUUCGUUGUGUACUGGAGCAUUGAUCUGUCCUGCCACAUGCUAAUGGCUCUCAGUUGGGGGUUGACCAUCAGUGUCUGCCUGGCCUUUACAAACAGCUGCAUUAAUCCUAUCAUCUAUAUCUUUAUGGAUCAGCACUUCCGACAACAGCUCCUGAAGGAUUUCCUUGGUUUUUGCAGAACAAGAGAAAAUAUGCAAAGUUCAGCCCCGUCCUUUUCAUCUACGGAGUCAAGUCUCCUCUUUGUAAACCGGAAGAAGCUCACGCCAGCAACAUCUACUCUGGUGGGUGAUCCAAAUGGCAGAGGGGUAGGUUUAUAAGCCUCCAGGUUUUAGUAGACUGGUAGCAUGGUCUGCUGGGACAAUUUUGAGCCAAGCUGGUUAUAAAAAAAGGAAGGGGGAAUUAUUUUCACUAUUUGGUAUAAACUAUACUGUAAUAACUAAAGUAUAGAUUUUGUCAUGCAUUAUUUCUUACCUGAACAUGCAUGUAUUAAAAAUCAAGCCCCACCAAUAUGCAUGUCCACCUAGUUUGUUCUGUGAUUACCAUGAAGGUUUAACUUACGCAAGGUUGUAUAAGGCUACUUCAGUUGGCUAAAACUGAGGUGUUCCAAAUUUGAAUACGAGUAACUUGCAACUGUGAUGGUAUAUACUGCUGCAAAAGGAACAAACUUGCUUUUUGUCUAGUUACAUAUUCUCUCCUAUCCCCUCUUUCCCAUUGCCAUCUUCAGAUCUCAUAUAGCCUCUAUAGAUGUGGUUAACAGAUGUUGAUUGCUUACUGAAAAUAUGUUUUAAAUUAGAAGGAAAAUGUUAACUGAUCAUGUAAUUCUGUAAUAAAUAUUCUUUAAAGCAAUAAGUCAAGCUGUCACUAGAAACACCAACUGUUUAAUUAAAGAUAAAUAUAUAAUUAAAAUUGUUACUGUUGUGAAGUUGUUCAUAAAUUGUUUUCAGAUA